AACGCUCGUCCCGUCCAUGUCAACCCAGACAAUGGGUCCUCCUUCUCCAAGAGAGACAAGACGUUCAGGUCGUCGUUCAGCUCCAUCAACCUCAACCAGCAACUCAAAAUCACCAGACUCUGAGCAGCCUCCCCGCGGCAAGGACACCUCAUCGCGCUCAGCAAUGGCCUCAAACACAACAAAUGGUCGCUCUCGCCGCCCCAAACAAGAAGACUUUGAAGAUCCAGUCGAUGACCGCAAACCUAACUCAGCACCCUCGGUCGCCUCAAACGGUUCUACCCAGGGGGCAUCCAACGGCAAAGGGAAGCGCAGGGGCAAGGAGAAAGACAAGCAGCCACCACCGGAGGAAGUCGUCGACGAGCCUCCAGCAGCCCCUCUCGACGAAAACGAUCCCCAAAACGACGAUGAAGAGCAGGGUAUUACGCGCUGUGUGUGCGGUAGCACUGAGGACGACCCUGACGCCGGAGAGUUCAUGGUACAGUGCGAAGGCUGCAAAGUAUGGCAACACGGUCUAUGUAUGGGCUACCAAUCCGAAGAUCAAGUCCACGAUGACGACUACUAUUGCGAGCAGUGCAAACCCGACUUGCACGUCGACCUCCUCAAGAAACUAUCGCAAAAGAAAGGACGCCACGGCGGAGGUGCAUCCCACCACAACAGCGCAGCCUCCCGAGUUUCCCGGUCGCACUCUCCCACCCUCACUGCAAAACAACCAUCAAGGCGGAGAAAUACCAUGAACAGUCGAGAUGCAGAAUUCGCUGAAACGUUUAAAGAGAUUAUUGAAGCCACUGCUGCAGAGGCAGCGGCGGCCAAGGACGGCGGACAGGGCUCCACAAACGAUGAAGCCGCGACCGCCAACGGGGACUCAGAGGUACAAGCUAACGGAAAGAAGAAACGAAAACGCGCCGAAGAGGAGCCUGCUAUCAAGAAACGGACGCGCUCUGCUUCAACGACAUCGGAACGCCCACCCUCAGUGAUCGCGCGAGACGAAACCCCCAUGAAUGGCAUCGUCAAGGCUCCUUCGCAAGCUCCAGCUCCGGCCAAAGGAGGCGGCAAAGGAAAGAGGGGAGGACGGAAGGCGACGACGGUCGAGAUAGCUGCCACGCCCGAUGGAGAAGAAGUCCCCACACCCACCACCACCACGACCGCCACAACGAAUAAACGCGGAGGCAACCGAAAGGGUGCCGGCGCCAAACGACCACCACUGUCUCAUGCAACCUCUCACAAUUCCGGUAUCGCUAACCAGGACCAGGGAGGAAGAAGAUCUGGGACCGGCAACGCUAACGGCCAGCACUCUGGUUCCAUAGCAGUUGAUGCCCGAGCCUAUCGCAAUACUCACGCCUACGUCGUCUCCCAACAACCCUUACUGACUUCGUGGGGUCUCCCCGACUAUUUGGCCCAUCUGGAACACAUACUACCGACCGACAUCCCACAGCCACUCGAAGUUCCCUCCGGUCCAUCAAAUAACCCUUCUGGCUCACGGGGCGAGAGCGCCGAACGUACGAUGGAGCGCGGUGUCAAAGUCAAAUGGCCCAGCAAACGGAUGAGCGUCGGCGAUAUGAACAAACGCGUUCGGGCGCUGGUGGAGUGGGUCGGACGUGAACAGGCGAGUGCUCAUGACCGCGAGCGACGGAGAGAAGCGCUCGAAAACGAGCUGAAACAGCAACAGCUCCGUGGCAUAACGAGCGUCGAUGAUGAAGCUGCUAUGCUGGUGGAUGAAGAAGGGCCGAGUAACACUGCAACGGGUGGAAACGGGCAGGAAGGGAAUGGAGGACAGCAACCACAGCAGCCACUUCCACCUAUCAAAACGAUUGAUAAAGAGUCGUCAGCCUCGACGAUGAAACAAAUGGAGGAACUCAUGGAAGAGCUAAUAGGCUUCCAAGAGCGAUUCGGUCCCGGUGCUAAAGCCCGUGACCGUGAGCGGCGGAAUAAUCCUAUAUCUGCAGUGUCAUGA